CAUUUUGCAGAAUAAAAAUGUCGAUGGCACCAAUUGCAAAAACAUUUUCAAUGAUAUAUAUGGGUGAAAUGGAUAAUUCAUGUGGCAUAACAGUGGAAUAUGCCGAUAUUAUGAACGGAGUGUCACUGAUUGCAGAGAAAUUGACUUCUUACAGGAACUGUCUUAUUGCUGUAGCUCUUCCUAAGCAUCCUGCAUUUAUUUCUGCUAUUCUUGGAGUUCUGGAAACAAAGAAUUGCUUCGUUUGUUGUUCAAGCAUUGAAACGGCAAACAGUUAUCGUAGUACUACAACAUCUUGUAUCAUUUCUUCUAUCGCCGCAGAAGACAAUCAGUUACCAAUAAAUAUACACGGUCUACAAAUUUAUUUCCAUCAUAACGGGUAUUAUUAUCUGGAUGAUUUCGGAAAGGAUAAACUUUGCUAUUUGAUCACGACAUCCGGUACGUUAGGAGAGAGAAAAGAAGUGCUUGUUCCAUACAGCUGCAUAAUGCCUAAUAUUUGGGACUUCAGUCGUCGAUUCCAAAUCACAACUUCCGAUGUUAUUCUUUUUGCUACGGCAGCAACAUUUGAUCCAUUUGUUGUGGAAAUUCUUUUGGCUGUAGUAAAUGGUGCAAAAUUACUGAUUGUUCCGGAUUCGUUUCGUUCCACACCAUCUAAAUUAGCUGAUGCAAUCUUGAAAUAUGGUGUAACCUUUAUUCAGAUUACACCAUCACAGCUGAAAAUUCUACCUCAUAAAGCUUUAACAAAGAUUUUUGCUGGUCAUUCAACUGUACGAACAAUAAUUCUGGGUGGUGAAGCGUUUCCAACAAAUUUUAUUAAGCGUUACCAUAUCGACCAUAAAUUCAUUAAUUUCUAUAAUGUAUACGGAGUCACGGAAGUAUCUUGCUGGGCUUCUUGUCAUAAAAUCGAUUGGAAAGAAACUCGUGUGGAAAUUGGUGAACCGUUGUUGGGCACGAAAUUUAAUGUUAGUGAAACUGGAGAACUGCUUAUCGGUGGUUCGAGGCGAUGUUUUAUAAACGGUAAAUUAUCUGGAGCUUGGCUUCCCACUGGUGAUAUUGUCGAGCUUACAGAGCUGGGAAAAAUUUACUGGUGUGAUCGAUUCGAUGAUCAAAGUUCUUAA